AUGAAUAAUUAGCCUGUUUAUAUGUCUGCUGAGCAAAUCAAUGCAUUAUUUUAGAGGGAUUCAACUUUUGAAAUGAGAGAUGAUAGAAUUAAUUCAUUUUAGAAUGAUUUCAAAAAAAAUGAAGUAUGGGAUUUUAUGUUAGUUAAGACUUUGAAAUCUGAAAGUGUUGAAUGUGAAGAGAACAGACCAACAAAUUAGAGCGAGAGUAUGAUGAUGAGUAAGAAUUAUUUAGCUUAAGGUUUAAAGUAACUAGGGAGGAGUAUCAGGGAUUAUAAUAAGAAUACGAUAGACGUAAAGAUAUGGAAGAGAAAUAUAAGGAAGAUAUCAAUAGAUUAAUGAGGGAACUUAAACAAAAGUGUAGUGAAUUAGAUUAUAUGAAAAGAGAACAUGACAUUUAUUUGGAACAGAAUCAAAGAAGAGAAUGUAUCCUUUAUUAAUAAAUGAACAGCAACACUUUAGAAUCUGAGAUAGUAGAUUUAAGAAGCCAACAAUAGAGAGUAGAAAGCUGUUAUUGAAUUAGGAGAGUUGUAUGAAUAGAAUAUGUAAGUGAAACAACAAUUAGAGAUUGUCUAAUAGAAGUAUAACAAUUUAUAAAAGCAACAUAAAUUUGAAAUUGAUAGAAAGGAUAAACAAAUCGAUUAAUUUAAAAUUCAAAUCAUGCAACUCAAUGAGGAUAAUGAAAGACUUAAGGCAGAACACCCUACAGGAUUUCUCAAUCUCGACUCUCAAAGAGUUCCAUAAGAUAAUACUUAAAAUCAAUGGGCUUAAUUUAAUUCGAGUGCAUAUAAAAGCAGCAUUUAAUUUUAAAAGGAUAAACCAGUUACUCAAAUUUAGUUUAAGAGCAAUUAUGACUCCAAAGUUAUUUUCGGAAAGAAGUCUCAAAAUACAUUAAGAUAUCAAUAGUCGCAAUAAGAUUUGUAGCCUAAAGGAUGAU